AUGUCAUCCAUUUCAAACUUUCAACAAAUUGACAGUAUAAUGUACUGUAUUCAACAGCAAAACUAUUACAAAUUCAUAUAAACAAAUUCAUGUUCAAUCAAUUCAACGCUCAUACUCGUCUCAACAUCACAAAAAUGGCGUAAGAUGUCUGAUCAAGUGAACCAAAACAAUCUAAGAACAGAAACCCAACAAUGGAACCAUUUUAUAAGAAGUUUUUGUUGGGCAGCUUCUCUGCAAGGAAGUAUUGCAUACUUCUUAAUGUCCAUACAUGCUGUAAAUCCUUUUAUAUCUCAGAAAAUUUUCGGAUUUGAUCCCUACUACUUUCUUUGGACCACAAUGGUAUAUGGACUAGGCAUCAUGAUAUUAUCUAGACCUGCAAUGAGACCUAUAUCACCCGUUAAUCGAAUCGUUUUUGGUAUUUUAGGUUCUCUUAUGUUUUGCCACGCAAGUAUGAACUGUUUUGAAUGGCUUAAUUGCAUGUAUCCUGAAAGAACCUACCUAAGAACCUUCUUAGGCUUCUUUAGUGGCAGAAUAAUGAUGGUCCACUUCCUAGCGUAUCUGUACCACGUGGACACAAGAACAAACGUACCAGGAGUACACGUGCAUCGGGACAGGGUCUUUGAACAAAUGUACAUGUAUCCCUAAAAUACAAAGAAGCAUAAAUUUUAUUGAAAAUAAAGACAUCCAUUAAAAAAAUUAAACUUUAUUUAAAAUUACAUUAUUAACAUUUUGUUAUAUCACAA